AUGCACUUAAUUUUUCUUCUCCUACUGCCUAUAUUCUUGGGCGGUUGGGCAUGCCCGGAUGAGUGUCAAUGCUCAUCGAAUACCGUCUCGUGCACAGGAAAAGGAUUGACACGAAUUCCCAAUGGAAUACCCGAACACACGCAGAGAUUAGAUCUUCAAGAGAACAAGAUCUCGAUCAUCAGAAAGGAUGACUUGAGCCAUUUAAGUCAACUGAAGAUUCUACAAGUGAUGGACAAUGAGAUCCACACAAUCGAGGCAUCAUCGUUCGACAAUCUCACUCAUUUGGAAAGAGUACGCUUGAAUCGAAAUCGUCUCCGCGACUUGCCCGAACGUCUAUUCCUCUACAACGACAAAUUGCACAGAUUGGAUCUUUCCGAGAAUCAGCUCUCGAUCAUCACGAAUGAACACCUCCGUGGUCCGAAAGCGAUGCGGAAUCUUCAGUUGGAGAAGAAUGCUUUGUUUUGUCUGGAAACUGAUGUGAUCUCGGCUUGGGAAAUGCUCGAAGUACUCACUCUCAAUGGCAACAAUCUGACCACAAUUCCAGAGUUCAAUGUGCCCGACACACUCAGAGUCAUUCGAUUAGCUGAUAACCCGUGGUUAUGUGACUGCCGAAUGUCUUGGGUUCAUCAAGAAUUGAAUCCACAAUGGCAAGCCGCUGUGAAAUGCUAUAGGCCGGCUCUGUUGCAUGGGCGGCUGUUGACAUCGUUGCGGGAUGAGGAGCUCAAAUGUUCGGGAAUUGAGAAACGAGCAUCGUUCAGUUGUGCCGAUACAAGAAUCUGUCCGGUCUCCUGUACUUGCACGGAGAGUACGGUAGACUGUCGAGAUGGUGGACUCACCACAAUCCCUGCCAAUCUGCCGAAAUCGACUCAAGAACUCCGAUUGGAACAGAAUAAAAUCUCCUAUGUACCUGCAAGAGCUUUCCACAAUUUGCCCCAUCUUCGACGUCUUGACUUGAGUCAGAACCAAAUCGUUGAAAUUGCUCCACAAGCGUUUGCUGGAUUGGAAAAGCUGAACUCUCUCGUACUUUACGGUAAUUUGCUUCAAGAUCUACAUGAAGAUGCAUUUGCCGGCCUUUUCUCUCUUCAACUACUACUUUUGAAUGCGAAUCAGUUGACUUGCUUGAGAAAAGGAACCAUGAAUCCGCUGCCGAAUCUCAACAUGCUCUCUCUGUACGACAACAAGAUUCGCUCGAUCUCAAAUGGGACUUUUGACUCGUUGAAACAUUUACAAACAAUUCAUUUGGCGAAAAAUCCGUUGAUCUGCGAUUGCAAUCUAGAAUGGUUGGCUAAUUUGCUGUCAUCUCGUGAAAUGGAGACUUCUGGAGCGCGAUGCGAGGCACCGAGAAGAUUGGCGAAGAAAAGAUUGGCGGCAAUUCCACCAACGAGAUUUAGAUGUAAAGGAUCUGAAAUGUUUGUGACAGCGAAAGCCGGUGAAUGCAUUAUUGAUCACGAUUGCCCGGAUCAAUGUGCUUGCUCUGGAACUGUUGUUGAUUGCAGCAAUCGAGGCUUAACGAAACUCCCCGACGAAAUUCCCCAAUUCACCACAGAGCUUCUCCUAAAUGGAAACCUACUUAACAAACUUGAUGAUCAAUCCUUGAAAUUGCCACAACUUCUGAAAAUUGAUCUCUCUUCCAAUCAAUUUUUGGCGAUUCCCGUGAAAGCUUUUGAGAAGACACCGCAAUUGAUGCAAAUCAAUCUCUCCAACAAUCAGCUGAAAUGUUUGACGGAAAAGGCUUUCACCCAUCUACAGAAAUUGGAAUCUUUGGCUCUUGAUGGAAACAAUUUCUCUUGUGGUUGUCAUUUGAUGUCAUUUGUUGAAUGGUCAAGAGAAAAGCCGGCUCUCAUCCUUGAAGGAGCUACGUGCAAGAAUGGGGAAUCGGUCAAGAAAUUUGUCGAUCUGGAUGUGGAGUCUUCUAGUUGUGAAGGAACUCGAGACAUUUGUGCAGAUGAUGGAAAUUACUGCCCACCCGGUUGUUUGUGCAAGGAGACAAUUGUUAGAUGUUCAAGCCAAAACCACACCGCUAUCCCCACCGGAGUACCGAUGGACACCACUGAAUUGCUUCUCGACUCAAACUCGAUCACGAAAAUCGAACAAAAAGAACUCAUCGGACUUCAGAAUUUGAUUAAGCUAGAUUUAUCUAACAAUCGGAUUACUUCAAUUGAGAAUGACACCUUUGCGAGUCUUCCAAAGCUCUCAACGUUGAUCUUGAGUUACAACAAGAUUCAAUGCUUAGCUGAAAGGGCUUUCACAGGAAUGACAAACUUGAGAAUACUAUCUCUUCAUGGGAAUGAUAUCUCAACGCUCCAACAAACGGCUUUUGAUGGAAUGGCUAAUAUCACUCACAUUGCCCUUGGAAGCAAUUCUCUUUACUGUGACUCACAUCAAUCACAGUUGACUUGUGGUGAGCCAAUCCCGCCAAAAUUCUUGGCAAAGUGCGAUCCUUGUGCUCAAAACAAGUGUGAAAACAAGGGAACUUGCCAGAGAACGGGAAACGCUGAAUUUACUUGCAUUUGUGCUGCCGGUCAUUAUGGAGCUCGUUGUGAAAAGGAGAUCGAUGCCUGCUUUGGCCAUCCUUGUCUGAAUAACGCUACUUGUAAGGUGACGGAAAGAGGUCGAUUCAAUUGUGUCUGCCGUAAAGGUUUCACCGGUCAAUUCUGCCAAAUUAACAAGGACGAUUGCGUUGAGAACAAAUGCCAAAAUGAAGGAAAAUGUAUUGAUAUGGUGAAUGGCUAUCGUUGUGAAUGCGAAGAGCAAUUCGCUGGGAAAUAUUGCGAAGAGAAGCUGGAAUUCUGCUCGAAGAGACUGAAUCCGUGCAAGAAUGGAGGCAUUUGUAGCAAGACUAAUGACACUUACAGCUGUGAUUGCGCUUUUGGAUUCACGGGGAAGAACUGUGAGAUCAAUAUUGAUGAUUGCAAGGAGAACGAGUGUCGGAAUGGGGCUCAAUGUGUGGAUGGAGUCGGGGCUUACACUUGCGAAUGCACUCAUGGCUUCCGCGGUCCCUAUUGUGAGCUUCCUCCAUCAUCAAAUUUCCUCUACCAAAGCACUCAUCAUUGCUCGGCUCUUUCAUGUAUUCAUGGUGCUUGCAUGGCCAACGAAGAGGAUGAUGAACAUGAAGCGUACUGCCAAUGUCAUGCAGGCUACUUGGGAUCAAAAUGUGAUGUGCUGGUCUCAGCCGGAUUUUCUUCACCUCUAUCCUUCUUGGCACUUGAGCCAUUAAAUGCUCCAUCGACCAACAUUUCCUUCGUUUUGACAACAGAAAGCAGCAAUGGAAUUAUUGCAUAUCAUGGCGAUGAAUCAGCUCAUAUUUCGAUUGAGCUUUUCUCUGGUCGAAUCAAAGUCUCAUGGGAUGUUGGCAAUCCACCAGCCUCGUUGCUUUACAGUUAUUCAAUUGUUAACGACAAUCGCCCACAUGCAAUCAAUCUUGUGCUUCGAGGCCAGAAACUGGCGAUGAAGAUUGAUGGAAAUGAUGGACAAUUUAUUGAAAACUCGGGAUCUGUGCAAGAGUUUGCACUCAAGAAGAAAGAUUUUCUCUAUUUUGGACGGCCUCAAAUAGACACCGCCAAUCAAGCAAUCAGAAAUUUUCAUGUCCGCCAGAAUAUAAGCUUUAAAGGUUGUCUAUCCGAUUUGAUAAUCGACAAACGAACAGUCGACUUCUCAACAACGGAGAAAUCUGAAAAUAUUGAACAAGGUUGCUCCAAAGUGAUUAACUAUUGCGCCGGAAACGUUUGUGGAAAAGGGAAAUGCACGGUUGAUCUAACAACACAACGCGGCUACAAAUGCCAAUGCCCACAAGGAUUUUCCGGCAAUGAUUGCUCUCAAAGAAAGAUUCAAUGCAAUAAGGAGAAAUUCAAGGAAUAUCACGUUGAAGGGGAUUGCAGAUCGAUUGAUGAAAUCAAAUCGGCUCGUUGUGAUGGUUAUUGUGGAGAGAAUGGUGAUUGUUGCACAGCCGUCAAACAGAAAAGACGAAAAGUGAAAUUGCACUGCAAGAAUGGGACCAGCAAAGUCUCUGUGGUGCCUAUCGUUCGAAAAUGUCUUUGCAACAGUACUUGUUCCAAAAGAAGAUUA